AGUCCACAUACUUGGUGCCAUACCAAUAGGCACCGAUGCUCUCCCAUCGAGAGCCUGAACAGAGUCCCUCGUCAUUUCCUUUUAUCUUUGCUAUCAUCGGGCUCGUGUGGUAUGUGGGUUUAUGGAGUAUCGGUCUCCUGGGAUGCAGAACAGGUCGAAGAAGGUACCGCAUGCGACCACGGUCUCCACUUGCAAUGGCGCCACCAAAUUCUGUUCCUGGUGUAUCUAUUCUGCGACCGCUGAAAGGUCUUGAUUCCAACUUAUACGAGAACCUCGAGUCUACGUUCACGCAAGAAUAUCCCAAUUUCGAAAUCAUAUUGUCUGUUGCUGAUGAGCAAGACCAAGCUCUUCCGGUUGCGAGAGACCUCAUUUCUAAAUACCCCAGCGUUUCUGCCAGGCUAAUAAUAGGAGAAGAGGUGGUUGGGGUUAAUCCAAAAGUAAACAACCUCGUUCGUUCAUACCGCGAAGCUAUACACGACAUUCUCUGGGUCAUCGACUCAGGUGUUUCGGUUGCCCCUGGGACACUUGCGCGCUCCGUUGACCUACUCGAAUCAUCCACGUACACAAGGCCUCCCAAGCGACGCGUUGCGCUCGUCCAUCACGUUCCAUUCGUGUCUGCUCCAGAAGGGUUUCUUGGUUCUAGAAUUGAAGAGGCAUUCCUCAACACCAAUCAUGCGAAGAUGUAUCUCGCAAUCAACACGGUAUCUGUCGAAUCUUGCGUGGUUGGGAAAUCAAAUCUCUACCGGCGUUCUGAUCUAGAGCGGGUAAACGGUUCGCUGAAGCCUCGAGCACAUACGGAGUCAGACGAUGAUCAGGAUUACCCCCGAGGCCUUGCUGCGUUCGGAAAAUUCUUGGCUGAAGAUAACAUGAUUGCCAGUGCUCUGUGGCACGAGCUGGAUCUCCGCCACGAUUUAUCCUGCGACGUGGCGCAUAAUGCAAUUGGGAAAAUGUCUCUAUCGGACUACGUGUGGAGGCGUGUGCGCUGGAUUCGUGUGCGCAAACACAUGGUUCUUGCGGCAACCAUUUUGGAGCCCUUUACGGAAAAUCUCAUCGCCAGCUCUAUUGCUGCUGCAAGCUUGCGGUAUCUUUUCGGCAUUCCCAUGUGGCUUUUUCUUGUAAUUCACCAUUCAGCUUGGCUCUGGGUGGAUUUAGAUGUUUACGAGUCACUUGCUGGUCAUCCUCUUCCGGCAGACAGACGAUGGUGGUUCAUCAGUGCAUGGUGCCUGCGUGAACUUCUAGCAUUGCCAAUCUGGUUCUUAGCUAUGCUUGGUAAUGAGGUGGUUUGGAGAGGGAAGAAAUACGAGGUGUUACGAGCGGGAGAAGUAAAGGGGACAUCAGGCGAUGGUAUUCGCAGGGGAUUAUUUACCCAGUGGAGGCAGCAAAGUUCACACUAUCGGCCCUUGCUAAGCAAUCAUUCAGAUACCUAACGCAUGCAGUAACAGUACUUGUAUGUGGCGUUCGUAGCUAUCUCAUGUGCAUGAUUGGUUA